AUGGAGCUUGCAGCCUUCGAGACGAUCGAGGAUUGGUACAGCGCGCAUGUGAAUCUAAGAAAUCAAAGUCAUUCGACCACCACGGGUAUGUCUGAUAUGGCAUUUCGUGUUCUCUUUGUUGGCAAUGCCCAGCAAACCACGCUGUGA